UGUUCAUCGAAAGCCGAUGAAGUUAUAUGAAGAAGCAGAGCACGGAAUUGGUCGAUUUCGAUGUUCUGUCAGUCGUGGGAAAUGUAGACAGUAUGCAGGAUUAAUUCAUUUUUUGGUGAAGUUCGCCUUCCUUUAAAUAAAGCAAUUAAAUUAAUGUACUGCUUUGUGCGAGAUUUCUCAUAUGAGAAUACCGCGCAUGAACUAUGCGACCCCACCUUAGGCAAUGAUUGUGCGCUACUGUCAACCGUAACAAUUGCCGCGUGGUUUCGCUGCUGUUGGGAGAUAACAGUGGAUAACUUUUUAAACAUACAGGCAAAGAAACCGAAAUUAUGGGGAAUUCCGGAAUUUGGGUCUCCGAUUAAUGUUCUGGUACCUUAUGUAACAGUUCGAUAUUUGAAAAGUGUUUAUAGAAAACACUAACAAUAAACAAUGCAAGCUUCUCCUACUUGGGUUGAUAAAGUCCAAGAUAAAUCUGAACAAUGUAUAUAUGAUCUAUGUUUUAAUCCAGAUGGAACUCAGUUAGUUAUUGCUGCUGGACAACAAGUUCUUGUUUAUGAAACUAAUGAAGGUACUUUAAUUCAACCAUUAAAAGGGCAUAAAGAUAUAGUUUAUUGUGUAUGUUAUGCAAGAGAUGGCAAAAAAUUUGCAUCAGGUAGUGCUGAUAAAAGUGUUAUUAUCUGGACAUCAAGAUUAGAAGGCAUACUUAAAUAUUCACAUAAUGAAGCUGUUCAAGCUAUGCAGUUCAAUCCAGUAUCACAUCAACUUUUAAGUUGUUCUUUGUCAGACAUAGCACUCUGGUCUGCAGAACAGAAAGCAGUUGUAAAGCAUAAAUCAAGAGGAAGAGUAAAUUGUUGUGCUUGGACAAAUGAUGGUCAAUAUUUAGCAAUUGGCUUGGCAUCUGGCUAUGUCUCUAUUAGAAAUAAAAAUGGAGAAGAGCAAACACGAAUUGAUAGACAAAAUGGAAUACCUAUUUGGAGCUUGUUGUGGAAUCGUCAAUGGGAAGAUUUAGCAGAAGUUCUCUGUAUUGCAGAAUGGAAUGGAACCCUAUCGUUUUAUUCAAUUUCAGGAAAAUCAUUGGGGAAAGAUAGACAACUCAAUUUUAUGCCACUUAAAAUGUGUAACUUUGCAGGAGAUCAAUAUAUUUUAAUUUCUGGAAGUAAUAGACAGUGUUUAUUAAUGACAUAUGAUGGAAUACAAUUGAUUAACAUUGGUGGUACAUUUUCCUCCUGGGUUUGGAGUUGUGCUGUACAUCCAAAUUCUACACAUGUUGCAUUAGGUUGUCAAGAUGGUACAAUAACAUAUUUGCAGUUAUCUUGGGAUGUUAUACAUGGAUUAUAUGGAGAUAGAUAUGCAUAUAGAGAAAAUAUGACUGAUGUAAUAAUACAAAAUUUAAUUACUAAUCAAAAAGUUCGCAUUAAGUGCAAAGAUUUGAUAUAUCGUAUUGCUGUGUAUAGAAACAGAUUAGCAGUUCAAUUAUCGGAACGUGUAAUAAUUUAUGAACCAUCAAAUUCCAAUGAUGGAAUGCAUUAUCGAAUAUAUGAAAAAUUAAAUCAAACAUUAAAUUGUAAUUUACUUGUUGUCACUACGAACAACUUAAUUUUAUGUACAGAAAGACAAUUACAAAGUCUAUCUUUCAAUGGUACAAUAGAAAGAGAAUGGAUACUUGAUGGACUUAUAACUUAUAUAAAAGUUGUUGGUGGACCAAUUGGACAAGAGUGCCUUAAUGUAGGUUUAAAUACUGGCUAUAUAGUAAAAAUAUAUUUAGAUAAUCCUUUCCCAGCAUAUAUAAUAAAAGUUGAGGGUUCUGUAAGAUGCCUCGAUAUCAGUUCAUUAAAGGAAAAAAUUGCUGUUGUUAGUGAUCAUGGAGUCCUUUCUGUAUUUGAUUUAUAUACAGAGGAAAAACUGCAAGAAUUUCAAAAUGUAAAUAGUGUGACAUUUAAUAAUAGUUUUGAAGAUAUAAUGUGUUUUUCUAGUGGAGAAUAUUUAGCAAUUAAAGUAGGCGAUUUUGCGGAAUAUAGACAAAAAUUUUCGGGACUUGUCAUGGGUCACAAUGAAUCAAAAGUGUAUUGUUUAAAUGGUUCUUCUAUUGUCACAUUAGAGGUACCCUUAUCAUUAUUUAUGUAUCAAUAUAUUGAUAUUGGUCUUUUUUCUAAUGCUUACAACAUGGCAUGUCUUGGAGUAGCAGAUUCUGACUGGUUUGCUUUAGGAACAGCUGCUUUAAAAAAUUUGGAAUUAAAUAUUGCAUACUCUUCCUUUGCUAGAAUAAAAAAUUUAAAAUAUAUAGAAGUUUUAUCUGAAGUGGAAGAAAAACUUAAAUCUGGAGAAUGGGGAAGAGAAGCAUGCAUGGCUACUGCUGCAGCUGCUAUGGGAAAACUGAAAGAUGCUGCAAAACUUUUCCAAAAAGCUGGUUUACAACAAUAUGCAUUAACUAUGUACUCUGAUCUACGUAUGUUUGAUAUUGCACAAGAAUUUAUUGUUAGUGGAAAUAAUCAGGAUCGUACAAUUUUACUUCGUAAACGAGCAGAAUGGGCUAAAAGUCUUGGAGAACCUCGUGCUGCGGCAGAAAUGUUUCUUUCAGCUGGAGAUGUUGAUCGCGCCAUAAAUAUAAUCGCAGAGUAUGGCUGGAUUGACAUGUUAAUUAAAGUUGGCAGACAACUUGAUAAAGCAGAUAGAGAUAAUUUAACUGUAAUUGCUAAAAAAUUAAAAAAGCUGGGUGCAACUCAUGGUGCAGCAGAAAUUUUUAAUCGCUUAGGAGAUGAUCCUGAUGUAGCGGAUGUUUUAGUAGAAGCUCAAGCUUGGCCAGAAGCAUUUGAAUUAGCUGAGAGAAAUCCCAAACUGAAAGCUAGAAUAUAUGGACCAUAUGCUAGAUGGUUGGCAGAAACUGGACAUUUUUCUGAAGCACAAAAGGCAUUUCAAAUAGCUGGGCAAUCAAACGAAUCUGUGAUGGUUUUAAUAAUGUUGGCUAGAAAUGCAGUUACUGAAAAAAGAUUUCGCGAUGCAUCUUACUUUUAUUGGCUUCUUUCUCAAAUCAGCUUAAAUCUUAAUAAAACUGUGGAUGAAUUACAAACAAUGUUUCUUCAAUAUUAUGAAAAGGCUGAAAUCUAUUACGCAUAUCACGAAGUACAUAAAUAUGUAGAAGAACCAUUUACAUCAUUAAUGCCAGAAGCUCUUUUUAACAUUGCGCGAUUUCUUCUAACUAAAACAGAAAAUAUUCAAAUAGAAGGAGUUUCAAGAUUCACCAUAAUAUACACAUUGCUAAAACAAGCUUCUUUGCUUGAUGCUAAUAAACUAACUAUGCAAUUACUUGAGAAAUUACGAAAAACAAAAAUUCCAGUAAAUCAACUUAGCCAAUUAGAAAUUUCAAAUUUAAAUGCUAGAGCAUCUUCUUAUAGAGAUCCUGAAGAACUUUUACCUCUUUGCUAUAAAUGUUCGACCUUUAAUCCCCUGUUGCCAUCAAAUAAUCAGGGACAAUGUGUGCAAUGUGGUCUAAAAUUUCAGUAUUCUUUCGUAAUGUUUGAAAUUUUACCAUUGGUCGAAUUUGAACUAGAAGAAAAUAUUUCUGAUGAAGAAGCAGAAAAAUUAAUAAAUGACUCAUUAUCAUCGUCCGAUGAUAUUACAACUACAAAUCAAUUUUCUGUCACCUCUGAAAUUGAUCUUUUUACAGCACGAUUAAUGAAAUACGAGGAAAAAUCUAGUUCUUCUACUAUAAUCGUGGGAAGAAAUGUCUUAAAAAGUAUGGAUCCAUGUACAGUAUUAAUUAUUAAAUGGCCAAAACCAUUUAAAACAAAGUAUUUUAAAAAUCUCUUACCUGAUUUACAAAUUACAUUUUGUAAAUCUUGUUUAAAGUUAUUUCAUUCGGAUGACUAUGAACUGGCUUUAUUAAGACAUGGAUAUUGUCCAUUUUGCAGAACAGUAAAUAAAAUUUCCAAUUAGUGCUUUUUGUUAAUCUAGAUACGUUUAUAUAAGUACAAUAUUAUUUUUACUGUAAUAAAUUAUUACCAUUAUAAAUUAAAUUUAACUUAAGUUAAAGUAAUUUAAUGUACGUAAUUUGUAUUAACCCCAUUGCAGACGAAUGUCAUUGCGAUUGUGCUAACAUACUCGUAUACUUUAAAUUCGGCAAUUAUAUAUUUCUGAUAACAGAAUUGUACAUUAUACAGGGUUGAUUAUUCAAGACGAGCCAUCUAAGUAAUUUUUUCAAUUCUGGAGAUGAAAUGAAAUGUUUGAAACAAAAAUUUUGUGAUCGCGAUAAUGAUUUCGACAAAGCUUGUUUACGUUUUGAAUUGAUUGAGUAUGAUUUUGUUAACAAAGCCGAGAAUAUGUUUCAGCGUUCACCAAUUUUCAUUUUUCACUCAUUAUUACAUCCGUGAUCUUGAAUGACCACGACCAUUGAAAUAGUUUUGAGAAGGAUUAUAACCGUAAAAGUUCAAAUAUACAUAGUCCCACUUAAAAAAAUGAAAGUGACUUUUAAAUUUCAUAAUUUCCACCUGAUAAAAAGUUUAGUUCAUUAUGUAAUGACUCCCCUCGGAACCAAACAACUUUUGUUUCAAACAUUUCUCUUUAUGUUCAAAAUUGAAAAAAUUAUUCAGAUGACCUGGUUUAAGUGACUCAUCCUGUAUAAACUUAUUAAAUCGCACAGUUGCUUCGUUAUGAGAUUAUAACGAUAUUGUAUCGUUCGGUUUGUACCGAGAUCUGUACCUUUAUUUAUUCUAUUCGCUUUUUUAAAUAUUUUUGCACAUAUCUAUAAUUAAUUAUGUUUAAUGAAAUUUCUUAGAAAUUGGGAUUAAUAUUGUAUGAAGAGUCUGUCUGAAUUUAAUUAAUUCUAAGUAUAAGAUAUUAUAUAUGUAACAAAUUUAUCAUAUUAUCGAUGAACAUAUCUUUAGCCAAAUUUUAUGUGUAAUGGAUAUCUCGAUAAUCCAGUUAUAUAAACACGAAUAGUAGGUAGUAAGUUGGUUUUCAUUUGUACGCUAAUUGUUCUGAUUUCUUGAGUACCGUUGAACGAAAUCUUCAGAAGAAUUGAGAGUAUUUCGAACAGAUACAAUUUGAAAGAUGUUGCGUGUAGCUUACUUGACGAUCUUCCUUUUUGUAAAUAUCGUUAGUUAUAAAUUGGAUAAUGAUGAUAUCACGGAAAUUCCAAAUUCAAUGUCUCGCGGAAGGUGUAAGUAAUAGAAAAAUGAAUGAAAUUGUAUUUAAAGAUGACGAAGGUACAAAAUAAAAAUAAUAAAAAUUAUAAAAUUCAAUUAAUA